AUGGACAUGUUGGAAUGUCUACAGCUGCUUAAGGAGAAGAUUGUCCAUAGUGACCUUAACCCGAAAAUUUCCUCCACAAAAGCCAAGAGGUCAGUACUGAACCCUAAGACUAAUGCCAAGGUCCGGCACUUUAAACCCACAGUCCUACUAUCAAUUGCCAAGGGCUCUCAGAAACCCCAAACGGAUUUAAGCCACAAACAGCAAUCUGCCCUGCCCGGGGGCAAGGAGAAGAGCCCACUGAGGCCCAGCUCCCAUUCACCUACUGUUAUGGAACCCAUUGUCACUUGCCUGCAGACAACACAGUCAGUCAGCGAGACAUCCUCUGCCAUAAAACCAGCCAUGUCUCCUGAAUAUGUUCUGGAAAAUUUUAAUGAAUACUUGACAAAAUUCGAGCAGAAAGAAAUCAAGGACUACAAACAGGUGUGGUACAUUGGAAAGCAGGCCAAAAAGAUUGAUGCCUCCCAAAUCCGGCCUUCCAACUCUGGCUAUGAUACUAAGGAAGGAAUCUACAGUGCAAUUAUUAACGAUCACUUGGCCUACUGCUAUCAGAUCCUGGAGGUGCUUGGGCAAGGCUACUCUGGACAGAUCCUCAAAUGCAUGGACCACAAGACGAAUCAGCUUGUUGCCAUCAAGGUCAUUAGAAACAAGGACAUCAUUUAUCAGACGGUAUUGCCUGAAGUGAAGAUUCUAGAAGCCCUGCGAGAGAUUGACAAGGAUAACUCAGCCAACAUUGUCCAUAUGAAGGAGAAAUUCUACUUCCGCAGUCACCUGUGCAUCAUUUUUGAUCUCUUUCUGAAGGACCUUCAUGCCUUAUGCCACACCAACAAGGUUAAAGUCACAGAGGAAGAGCAGAAAAAAUACACCAUGGAAAUCCUGAAAUGUCUACAGCUGCUUAGAGAGACGAAGAUCGUCCACGGUGACAUUAAACCAGAAAAUAUGCUGAUCUACAAAAAGGAUGAUGAGAUGCACAUAGCAGUCACUGACUUUGGAGGGAGCUACUUUGUGACAGAGGACGAUAGACCUCGUCUGUUCACUAAAGAAUACAUGUCACCGGAGCUGCUUCUUGGCAAAAAGUGUGGACCAGCAACCGACAUGUGGAGCCUGGGCUGCACCAUCGCUGAGCUUCACUGUGGUUUCCGUCUCUUUCAUGGAUGUGACCUUCCAUAUGUCUUCAACAGGAUAAUGGAGGUGCUGGGUGUCCCUCCUCCUGAGCUGCUGAGGGCAGCCCCCAAAAGAAAAUUCUUCUUUGAUUCGAAUGGCAUCCCAUACAUCAGACAAUACAGAACCACUCUGGAAACAAAGCUGAACUCUAUUGAUGUUCAUUUCAUCAAUUUCAUCGAGCGCUGCCUUGAAUAUGAUCCAAAAAAGCGCAUGACACCAAAGCAGGCCUCGCAGCAUCCAUGGAUUCAUGAUAAGUUGAAAUGUGCAACGAGGGCUGGAAAAACUAUAGCAAAUGCCUCAGUGGCCUCCACCAACAAAACUUCUGCACUGUUGAAAAGGAAAAAAAUGCCUUCGUCUCAGCCCAAAAGAUUGUAG